UCACGGUUUCCAAGGCUGGUUAAUGGAGCACAGAACGCAAAGAUAGGAGCCGCGCAUGCGUACUAUAUGUUCUUUCAACUUAGUAGCGCCAAGAUGACGGACCAGGAAGCUACGGAGCAAAGCCAGGAACCACUGCAGAGACUUAUAAUGGAACGCCUUCUCUCAAGAAUUAAUGAGGUUCUAGACCAGCCACAUUUGGAUUUGGAUUAUUUCCAAUAUAUUGUAAAUCAGGAGGUCUUUAUUUUAACAUCUGCAUCAACUCUUCUUGAUAUACCCAUGGAUGUUAUGGAUUGUAUUUUAACCCUUCAAAGAAAGAUCAGUGACACCCUUUCUCAUGAAGAACGCUGUGUUCUUACCACAGAAGUUUCUUAUGGACGAGGGCGACCCAAAUUAGAAGUUUCUGAAGACCUUUUGGUCCAUUUAAUAGACAUGGCCCUACCAGUGUCAUGUAUUUCAAACCUGCUCGGAGUCAGCACAUCUACUAUUUUCAGACGCAUGCAUGAGCUUGGGUUAUCAACAAGAUCUUCCUACAGCAAUUUAUCUGACAGCGAACUUGACAAUGCAGUAUUAUCAAUAAAGAACAGAUUACCUAAUGCUGGAUAUCGGAUGGUAAAGGGUUGCCUUCAAGCAGAGGGUCACAGAGUUCAGUGGGAACGGAUCAAAGACUCAAUGCACCGAGUUGAUGGAGCUGGAGUUUUACAAAGAAUGUUGCAGCUAGGGUGCAUCGUCAGAAGGACAUACUCUGUACCACAUCCUUUGUCCUUAGUACAUAUAGACACAAAUCAUAAGCUUAUAAGGUAUAACAUCAUCAUAUUCGGAGCGAUAGAUGGGUUCUCCAGAAAGAUUAUGUACUUGGAGCCUGCAACAAACAACAGAGCAAGCACUGCUCUUACAUUCUUUCUAAAAGCUGUGGAAAACUAUGGUUGGCCUUCCAGGGUAAGAGGGGAUGAAGGAGUUGAAAACGUGGCAGUAGCUGAAGCCAUGUUCAGUGUAAAAGGACCGGGAAGAGGGAGUUUUAUAGCUGGCAAAAGUGUACACAAUCAAAGAAUUGAGCGCCUAUGGCGAGACGUGUGGACCAGUGUAACUCAUCUCUACUACGAAGUACUUCACAAUCUGGAGGAGCACGGACUUCUGGAGCUGUCCAACACUCUGCAUUUGUUUUGUGCACAUUAUGUGUUCCUGCCACGCAUUGCAGAUGCUCUGCACACCUUCACAGAAGGAUGGGACAAUCAUCCUUUAAAGUCUGAAGGUGGCCUCACCCCUAACCAGCUCUGGACCAUGGGACACAUGCAGAAACCUUCUCAUGAGACUGAAGAUGUGCAGAACCUAGAGCUCUUUGGAACUGACUGGGAAACGUUUGGUGGUGUCAGUGAAGAACCCUCUGGAGUUCAAGUCCCAGAAGUUGACUGUCCUCUGUCUCCAAAUGCAAUGGAAGCUGUGAUGACCAUGAUCAAUCCACUUGCACCUUCUCAAUCAUAUGGACAGGACAUUUUUGUGUCAAUGAUUCAGUAUGUUGAAGAACACUGGGCAACAAGCGACAACAUUUAACACACCUUUUGUGAAAAUAUGACUAUUUGCUGUAUCCUACCUUUGCAAAUUUAAUAAAAAUCUACAUUGAUGUCA